GCCAUUAAGCCAUGCAAAUAUCUCAGAGCCUCCAAGCUUUUACCAGUGCCUUUCACUUUCCCUCACCCUCCAAAACCGUAAAUCUCCCUUCUCCCUCACCCUCCAAAACCGUAAAUCUCCCUUCUCCCACACCACCACUCUGCUCAGUCCCAACCCAUGUGAAUUUUUCACAACCCCACUUCACCAAACUGCAGAAAUUCUCUGGUUUCCGUUACCUUUUGCCAUAUAAGUUCAUGUAGAUGUGGUGUUUGUUUUUAUGUACCAGAGGUGUGGUUUGAAUGUUUGGUAAUGGGUCGAGACGGGUUUGUCGUUCCCGGGGAUAUUCAACUGGCUUCGAAGAAGAAGACCGCCGUUAGUAGUUGGGUUUUGAUGAAUGACAAUGGGGAGAGUACAAUUCUGGAUGUGGACAAGUAUGUCAUCAUGCGCCGCGUGCAUAUUCAUGCCAGAGAUCUGCGCAUUCUUGAUCCUCUCUUGUCAUAUCCUUCGACCAUUCUUGGAAGAGAAAGAGCUAUUGUUCUCAAUUUGGAGCACAUCAAAGCAAUUAUCACAGCAGAUGAGGUAUUGCUUCGAGAUCCGAUGGAUGAUAAUGUUAUUCCUAUUGUUGAGGAGCUCCAAAGGCGGUUGCCAGCAGUAAGUACCAGUUUCCAAGGCCAAGGAGAAGAGGAAGACCUUGGAGCGCAAAAUGAUGCUGAAGCUGCUGAAGAAAAUGAAUUUCCAUUUGAAUUCCGGGCUCUUGAAGUAGCACUAGAAGCCAUCUGUAGCUUUCUUGAUGCGCGGACAAGGGAGCUGGAAACUGCUGCUUACCCAGCUUUAGAUGAGCUAACCUCCAAGAUUAGCAGUCGUAAUUUGGAUCGGGUUCGUAAAUUGAAGAGUGCCAUGACAAGGUUGACCAAUCGGGUUCAGAAGGUAAGAGAUGAGCUUGAACAACUUCUGGAUGAUGAUGAUGAUAUGGCAGACCUGUACUUAUCAAGAAAAUUGACUAGGGCUUCUUCAUCAUCCAGUGGUUCUGGUGCUCCCCUCUGGUUGCUUGCAUCUCCUACAAUAGGCUCAAGGAUAUCCAGAACAAGUAGAGCAAGUGCAGUAACAACUCAUGAGGAGAAUGACGUUGAGGAGCUGGAGAUGUUGCUUGAGGCUUACUUUAUGCAAAUUGACGGCACAUUGAAUAAAUUAUCCACGCUGCGUGAAUACAUUGAUGACACUGAAGACUACAUUAAUAUUCAGCUUGACAAUCAUCGAAACCAGCUGAUUCAGCUUGAGCUCUUUCUAAGUUCUGGAACUGUCUGUUUGUCUAUAUAUUCUUUGGUGGCUGCUAUAUUUGGCAUGAACAUCCCAUAUACAUGGAGGAACGACCAUGGAUACAUGUUCAAAUGGGUGGUCAUCCUCUCAGGAAUGGCUUGUGCAUCCAUUUUCUUGUCAAUAAUUUCAUAUGCUCGGAGCAAAGGUCUUGUUGGGUCUUGAAAAAUAAAAUCAUUUGGGAGGUGAAACAAAUGUGCAGCCGCUCCAAAUGAGCCUGCAGAUGAGAUUGAUGAAGCAUUGCUGAUUACUUGAGGGCUUGUGGAGCUGGUUAACAACUUAGUCCAUUCAAUGCAGGUGGCAUUAGCCAAUGAAUGAAAAGGUACUUGUAUCAGUAUAUCAUGUUAUUAGAAUGUGAUGUGAUAUAGCUAGAGAUGUAGCAUUGUUGCUGUAAGAAAAAGACGUAAAAAUAGCUGGUAGGUGAAUUCAACUUUAUUGAAGUGAAUUAUGUAAGUUCACAUUUAAUGGAAGAGGGUAUUAGAUUUGCUUA